GGGCGAGGCGCGCCCGGGGCUCCCCCCGCCCGCACGUGUUGGGGGGCGGGCGGAGGACCCUAGCUCCGGAGGCGGGCGGUGGGAUCUCGGAGCCGGGUGCCCGGGGGCCCCCAGGCCGGCGCUCCGAGCCCCGCCCCCUCGCUUCUCCCUUCCUGGCGGCUGUGCCCCCCCACCUCUGGCCCGAGCUGGGGCGGGCGUUCUGGAGAGCGAGGGAGGGGGCUUCGCUCCGGCGAAAGAGCGAGGUUUACUCUCCUGCUCCCUUGGUCUCCUGCGCUCAUUUACUAUCUCUGCGUUCAUCUUCGUCAUUCUGGGCCCUUCUAUUUCUGACCAGUCUCAGCCCUGCCCUUCCAGCGGAAUCACCUUCGGGCAAGUCGUUUGACUCCCUAACCUCAGUUAUCUCAUCUGUAAAAUGGGCUAAUAACACCUGGCACCCUGGGAAAUCAGGCGGGCUGACCGAGGUCACGUGUGCGAAAGGAGUGCAGGCUGUGCAGAUACAAAUUAUUUCUUUCUCCCCAGUCUUUGAACCUCAGUAUUUUUUGACUGUUUUCAUUUUCCUCCCCAGUUCUCCCUGUCUGUCUGCUUUCUCCAUCUGUUUGCCUUUCUGAUUUUCUACUUGCGACAACCUGUGAUUCUGUCCAUUUGUUCACUCCCCAGCAGUUGUCGCGCAGGACGGGUGCUAGGACCCUGGCUACAGGCGGAUAAGACCUCUGCUUCAGCCUCUGGGAGCCCAGAGACCCCCGGGUAGGGCGGGCAUCAAGACAGGUCCUUGGGAUGCCGGCACCACGUGAUAAGAGCUAUUGUCCUCCCAGUUCCGAAGCCCCCUCUCUGUUCCAGACCAGUGCCUCCGAAUCACUCAGAGAACUUGUUAGAAAUUCAGCUUCCUAGCCCCCAACCCUGAGGUUUCUGGCUCGGCCGUCCAGUCUGCAGGUAUCUGUUGAGCAUGCGAGCAGGACACUUUCCCAGGCGUGGAAGACGCUGUGCAGCAAAUCACAGCGAGGCCCAGCUUGGGUUCAGCCAGUCUCAGCUGAGCCCAGGAAUUAGCAUUUCUGACCAGCUCCCAGACGCAGCUAGUCCUUAGACCACUCAAUGAGGGAUAGUUAGAGGCCUUUCAUCCGGUGUAGAGUGCUGUCCGGCCGCCUGCCCCCGGCCCUCUCUCCUGUCCCGGCCCCCACAGGCAGCUCCCAAGAGGUAGGGAAGGGAGUCCAGAAUGGGCCAAAGGUGAGCUGAUAUCUGGAGGGGCUUCCCCCCAUCUACUCCCUACCCCUUCCUUCCUUCCUACCGUGGCCUUCUCCGUAUCGCACUGAGAUCCGGAAGGCAGUCUUCCUCUCUCGGCCUGUCUGACACGGAUUCUGUUGCUGGCGGCCAUCUCUGCGGCCGUGACUGCGCUGCGGGCCCAGAUAUGUACCCUUCACCUCUGUGCCCCAGCGUCUUCCCAGCAGCCACACAUCUGACAUUCACCGAGUCCACGGGGCUGGGCCAGGCCCUGCGUCAGGCCCAGGGCUGGAGCAAGGGUCGCAGCUCCAGCCUGCGCUUAGGCGCGCGGAGUGGCCGGCUCAGACUUGAGCCGCGCGGUCAUGGGCCCUGCUGUCAGUUCGGCCCCCUUCCCCUCUCCCACCCAUUUCCUGACUCUGUCUCUUCGGAGCUGUCAGGCCGAGAGACUUGGGCCUUGCCAAGCUGCUCCCUCCCCAGUGGCUGGGGAAGAGGCCAGCCCGGGCCCCUGGGACCCUCACGGCCCUGGAGAUCGGCACCACGUGCCUUCGGCCCACGCUGGCCUUCUGCCCGCAGGCUUCUUGGAGGAGACGCCGUGGUGGAGCUGGACCUCAACGAUUACCUAGACAUCUUCUGCCCGCACUACGAGGGGCCAGGGCCCCCUGACGGCCCCGAGACCUUUGCUUUAUACAUGGUGGACCGCCCAGGCUAUGAGGCCUGCCAGGCCCAGGGCCCUGGCGCCUUCAAGCGCUGGGAGUGCGCCCUCCCCUUUGCUCCCUUCGGCCCCGUUCGGUUCUCUGAGAAGAUUCAGCGCUUUACACCCUUCUCCCUUGGCUUCGAGUUCCUGCCCGGAGAAACCUACUAUUACAUCUCGGUUCCGGCUCCGGACAGUUCUGGCAAGUGCUUGAGGCUCCAGGUGUCCGUCUGCUGCAGGGAGAGCAAGUCGGAGUCCGCCCACCCUGUCGGAAGCCCUGGAGAGAGCGGCACCUCAGGGUGGCAAGGAGGAGGCGCUCUCAGCCCCCUCUGUCUCUUGCUGCUGUUGCUGCUUCCGAUUCUGCGUCUCCUGCGAGUUCUCUGAGCCAAGCAGACCCCUCCUGCUACACCCCUGCCGCUGGAACAUCACACCAGCCAGACCACUGGAAGAGUGAUAGGGAGGUCGGAGGGUCUGUGGUGUCCCUUCCAGGGGCUGGCCCCUUCCCACAGGCUGAGGAGUUGCCGCAGGGGUGCUGCACACGGCCCCAGACGCCCUGGAGCCCAGGCAGGACAAACGCGGGGUCUCCGUCAGCUGCUUUGACGUUCUCAUCCUGUCCCCCCAGAAAGGCUGGGAUUUGGUGGGGCUGAAUCCUUGAGUCUUUUGGGGCCAAGACCGCAGACCUGGGGACAGGUGGACUGCUAGACCAGGGCAAGGAGGAGGUCCUGGCCGGCCCGCCUGCUGGCUGUGCCCAGCACCCUGGGGGCCUCUUCCCUGGGGCAGCGUUCUCCCCUCCCCAGGCGGUCACUCACUUGUCUUCUAUGAAGACGGACUUGCUAUGAGGUUGAAUAUCAUGCCAAUUUGUAUUUUUAUAAGUGUCUGGACCGAACCCUCAAUAAACCACCCGACGGUUGCUGUACCCCCCCCCC